CAUCGUGCGCGUUAUAUGUAUGCGCCACGCAUUCAGUCGUUCAUUUCCACGUUGAAUAAUCGCCAUUGAAGCAACACUGGUGUGUCUGUGACCGCUACGUCUUCCCCACUUUAUCCCCACCGCGCUGUUGGAUGUACCGCUCGAGAGGCCGAGGCUUCUCUCAUAGACCUGGAUUUUAAAGCGGAAGACCGAUCUCUCGUUCCUCCUGGUUUUCGUUUUUAUUCUACUCCAGUUAUCGCGGGGGAUAUUAAAAUCUCCCCGUGUAUCUGUUAAUAAGGUUCAUUUCUGAAAGAUCGACGAUCUCUGGAAAAUGGGACCCUUUGAAAUUCUGUGCGGCAUCGCCGUCAUAAUUCUCGGUCUUUACUAUUACUUCACAUCGACUUUCGACUUUUGGAAGUCACGUGGCGUUCGUGGCCCACGACCGAUGCCGCUAUUUGGUAACUUUAAGGACGUUAUGGCUAAUAACGUAUCCGCGAGCGAUUAUUUGACAGAAAUGUACAACACUUACAAAGAUGAACCAAUGUUCGGGAUAUUUGCGAGAAAGACACCUCUUCUUAUUAUGAAAGAUCUGGAUUUAAUUAAAGAUGUCCUCAUCAAAGAUUUUACCUUAUUCGCUAACAGAGGUUUUCCCACUUUCGAAAAGGCCGAGCCGCUGUCGCAACAUCUUUUCUCGUUGGAGCCGAAGAGAUGGCGACCUUUGAGAACGAAACUGUCGCCUGUUUUUACAUCCGGUAAAUUAAAGGAGAUGUUCUCCUUAAUAUUAGAAUGCGCUGACCACCUUGUCCAAUACAUGGAAAAGAUAGAGAGCGAUACUGAAUCUGUAGAAUGUCGCGAAUUGGCGGCCAAAUACACGACCGACGUUAUCGGUAGCUGUGCCUUCGGCAUCGAGAUGAACGCUUUGUCGGACAAAGACAGUGAAUUUCGCAAGAUGGGAAGGAAAGUAUUCACUCCGACUUGGAGAACUAUGAUGCGAAUAAGAAUUAGACAAAUGUUUCCGUGGCUUUAUGAAAUGUCUGGAUACAUCCUACCGCAGACGGAGGUCACCAAAUUCUUCACAAGCGUUAUCGCGGAGACCAUGGACCACAGAGAAAAGAAUAAUGUCAUUAGAAACGAUUUCAUUGACAUGUUGCGCGAAUUGAAGAAAAAUCCAGAUAAAGUGGGCGAUAUUGAAAUGACCGACAGCUUAAUAGCUUCUCAAGCUUUUGUGUUUUUCCUUGCUGGCUUUGAAACUUCGUCGACGACUAUUAGCAACGCGCUCUAUGAGUUAGCCUUAAAUCAGAAAAUACAAGAUAAACUGCGUGAAGAAAUCGAUGAGGUCUAUACAAAAUUCGAUGGAAACUUAGUAUACGAUACUAUUAAAAAAAUGGACUAUUUAGAUAAAGUGUUCAAAGAAACAUUACGGAAAUAUCCGCCAGGGACAAUUCUUAUGAGAGAAGCAACGUCGAGUUAUACUUUCGAUGGCACUAAAGUUAGUAUACCGAAAGAACAAAAAGUGUGGAUUCCCGUUUACGCGAUUCAUCGAGAUCCGGAUAUUUAUCCCAAGCCAGAUGUCUUCGACCCAGAAAGGUUUAAUGAGGAAGCUGUGCAAACCAGACACCCAAUGGCUUAUCUACCUUUUGGCGACGGGCCAAGAAAUUGCAUUGGUGCUCGUUUUGCUGUCUAUCAGAGUAAAGUUGGACUUAUAAAAAUACUACGAAAUUACAAAGUCGAAACUUGCGAGAAAACUCCAAUACCCUAUGUAAACGAUCCUAAAGCAUUUAUAUUAUCACCAUUAGGUGGACUACAUUUGAAAAUAAUUAAAAUUAAUCGAUCUUAAUUUAAGUUUUUCUCCAAUACUCCACAAGAAGCUUAAAGCGGAAGUUUCUGUUAUUCACAAGAAUGACAGGAGUCAUUAUUUCUGCUAUAAUAUUUAUUAAUUUUCUUAAUGUCAUUGUGCAUUAGCACAUAUCAAGUGUAAUAAUUAAAUAUUUUAAUUUUAAAUUUGUGCUGUUAUGAAUAUACUUUAAUGUAUAUAUCUUAAUAAUAUGCAUAUAAUCGUUUAAGACUGUCUCUUUUUUAUGUGUAUUUUGAUGUAAAUGUAUGUUUACACUUUAUACUGAAAGUAUAAAUAUGUAAAAUAUCGAAAUUGAAAUAUUAAUAUUUAAUUUGCACGUGAAUCAAAUGUCCACAAACAAUUGUCAAACAUUAUCAUAAUAUGAACAUGUUUUAAUGCGUCUAAAUGUAUAUCGAGAUAUGUGAAAUCGUUUGAAUAAAUCGAAAAGGAUACCAUUGCGAAUAAAAAUUAAGAUGCAAAAAAUACUAUAAAAUGCUUGUAAAAUAUUGUUUCUCAAUUUAUUAUGAGUAGAUUAUUUUCAUGCUCAUGCAUUAUUAUAAUUCAUAAUGUAACAUUUCCAA